AUAAAAAGUUAAACAUGUAAAUUGCUGUUUACUUGAAUUUUUCAUGUUUUUAUCCCAGUUUAAAAAUGUCUAGUAAAUUCUCAGUUGGAUGUUUUUUAUGUUUCAAAUCUGAUUCUAGAAAAUCUUCCUCCGUUUGUGUCUCAAACGUUUCCUCAUCCCUGAUCAGUCUGAACGAGAGACGGCGCUCGCAGCUCCGGAAGCGGCCAGCAGGGGGAAUCGGCUCCUCACGCUGGCGCCGUCCCCCCCUCCUCGCCGGAGUCUCCACGCCUCCUCUUCCCGGCGCUCUUCCAGGUUGUGGAAACGUUGCAGCCCGCCGGUUCGUGUCUGGAUCUUCCCCUCGCACCGAGCGGCUGAAGACCCUCCCACAGGCUGGGCAGGGGAAAGAGGAGGCAGUCUGCUCCGCUCGCCGAGUCGGACGAGCCCCCCCACCACCCUGUCAGUGUGGAGCAGCAGAAGGAAAAGAGGCUGAGAGGUGGGAAGACAGAGGAAGCGCACGCGUGAGAGGCAGGACUGAAAGAGGGAAGAGAGCGGGACUUCAUCUCCACGGACACCUGGGACGCCGUCCGUGUCCCUCCUCCCGGAUUGACUAACCAUCAGAGGAUUUUUUAAACGCCACAUCUUUAAGAAACUGGGAUAAUUGAGUCUGAUUCUCCUCCUCGCACAAAGCGCAUCUGUUGAGGAUAUUCCCCCUCUGUCAGACAGGACGGCACGCCGGCAUCGCCGAAUCAGACGACAGGGAAGGAGAGUCCGACCGGAGUCAAACCUCUCCCGUUCUCCUCGCCAUUCCUCUCCUCCUCCUCUCUUUCUCUCCCAAUUUCCCUCAGAUUGGCAGAGUUCCUGCCACCUGGAGCUUCUCUUCCUCCUUUCUACCUCACCAACUCCUUGUUUGGGGGGUUUCAGCGAGUGGGCAUCAGUCUGCCAGCGUCCGCCGUAGUUUGUCCGGCUUCUCCCCGGGGAUCGGCUUGCGACAGAGCGGUGCAGACGCGGUCGGGAUUGCACAGCCCCUCUGCCGCCUCGGUCACGUUGCUAGCUCCUUGGCAGCUCCCGCCCCGGUGUCACCAUUCCCUGCCUCAGUGCUAAGGAUUCCAGCUACAUGGGCAAGCGAUUGGAGCAGCAGCCAAUGUACCCUCAGUACACCUACUACUACCCCCACUAUCUCCAAACCAAG